AUGAGGCUAGGGGCCUGGGAUGGGGCAGAGGGCGACAGAGUCCGCAGAUGGCUUGGGCAGGUGGGGGGCCUGAGCUCCAGGGGCACGAGUGUCACCGGGCCCGGGAAGGGACACCUGGCCCCAGGGGCAAAGAGACCUGUCAGCGCCCACCCCACCGGCGGGAGGAGGCGGGGAGGUGGCUGUGCCCGCCGCCGCCGCCGUGAGUCAGGCUUGGGCUGCAGCCGGCGGCUGGCCCUGGCGCUGCGGAGGGCGCGCAGGCGGCGGAGGAGCGGCGCUGCCAGCCCGCGCCCCUCCCCGCGCCGCCCCGCGCGCUCCCCGCGCCGAGGUCGGGCCGCCGGGACGCGGAGCGGCGGGACAGCCAGCCACCGGCGGGACGGCGGAAGGACGCGCGCAGCGAGCGCAGGGUCGGGCCCGGCCACCGAGGAGUCGCCAGCCCAGGGCCCCACCCAGUGCCCAGCCCCGCUGGGAGCCCCAGCCAGCACCACGGACGGCGCCCAGGAAGCCCGAGUCCCCCUGGACGGGGCCUUCUGGAUCCCGAGGCCCCCAGCAGGUUCGCCCAAGGGCUGCUUCGCCUGCGUGUCCAAGCCCCCAGCUCUGCAGGCUCCGGCGGCCCCGGCCCCCGAGCCCUCGGCCUCGCCCCCCAUGGCGCCCACCCUGUUCCCCAUGGAACCCAAGAGCAGCAAGACGGACAGCGUGCGGGCUGCCGGCGCCCCCCCGGCCUGCAAGCACCUGGCAGAGAAGAAGACCAUGACGAACCCCACGGCCGUCAUCGAGGUCUACCCAGACUCCACGGAGGUGAAUGACUACUACCUGUGGUCCAUCUUCAACUUCGUCUACCUCAACUUCUGCUGCCUGGGCUUCAUCGCCCUGGCCUACUCCCUCAAGGUCCGGGACAAGAAGCUCCUCAAUGACCUGAACGGGGCGGUGGAGGACGCCAAGACGGCACGGCUGUUCAACAUCACAAGCUCCGCGCUGGCCGCCUCCUGCAUCAUCCUGGUCUUCAUCUUCCUGCGGUACCCGCUUACCGACUACUGAGGCCCCAGUGGGCACGCCAGCGGGACACGCAGCCCUGAGACACGGCCAGGGCAGAGCCGGGCGUCCACCCUUGGCGCCCCCCCCACCCCCGCCCCGAAGCUGUGAGCCAGGCCGUGGGGCCGUCGGAAGCUUCGUCUGUCAAGGGGGCAGCGAGCUUCGUGCUGGCCCAGCCUCCCCGCCUCUUGGCCCCCCACCCGUUUCUGGGGCCCCUGGGUUCCCUUCUGUGCUGCUGCACCCCGGCUGUGAGUGGCUGCCCCCCCUCCCUGCCUGUGCCCCCGCCUGGGCUCCCGGGGCCCCUCAGACCUGACACCCUGCAAGAAGGGCUCGUAUGGGGGCUUCCCAGGGUGGGGCAGGGGCAUGCCAGCAUCUGGGGACUCACUCCCCCCACGACCCCGCCCCCUCCAAGCUGUGACCCUGCUCUGAGCUCUUAUAUCUGUGAACCUCCAAUAAAAUACUCGCCCA